UGGAAAACUCCAGAAUUCUCCAAAUUUCUCAAUAAUUAAUUUUUUAACAUUUUUCAUUAUAUUAAAUAUUUUAAAGCUUUAGUUGUAAUUUUAGCGAUUUAAAUUUAAUUUGUUAGGCGUUAUACACAUCAUCAAGUGAUUUAUGACAAAAUAUAAAGUUUUGCUUAUUUAAUGUUAGGAAGAUGAAAAUUUGUUUCAGAGUUGGAAAGAAUAACAGCUUGGCUGUUCUCAGAAAGUUAAGAAUUUAUGGUUCCAGGUACAAGAUAGAGAAGAUUCAAAAGUUAUGUGAAAACUUUGAAAAGGCCUGUUGGAGGAGUGUUAGAGUAGCAGAAGAAAGCGCGUAUAUGCGAAAAUAUCACUUCCUCAAACAUUGCAUGAAUGUUAUUAAUUCAUAUAGACAAAAUAAACUAUACACACCUUCCGCUUAUGAUUCCGACCCUACGCGCUUCAAACUAUCGCAAUAUAUUUUAAAUAAAUACGAUUUGGACAAUGCUAAAGCUUGUUUAGAUACGGCAAACAAAAUACUAAACCUUGUUACGAAUGUCAAUGACAUAAAUGAUGACCCUAGCUCUAAUAUUACUAAGGAAACUGAAGAAAAUAACGAUUUAAUUAGGCAAUUGGAUGUAACAUCGUUAAUUAGAGGAAUGGAUAAUCAAACAUUAAACCAAGAUGUAGAAAAGCUAAAGAAUAUAAUCACAAAAUUAGAAGAAAAGGUUCAACUACUUGAUAAGUAUGGUAAGGAUCCUCACGUUAUUGGAUACUCAAAAUCUCAACUAGAAUCAAUGAUUAAACUUUAAU